AAUUAAUUUAUUGAAGUGUGAAUUUCAAGACGAGUGGGAAAUUCCUCUUGUCUUCACAUGAGAUCUGGCCCAGCACAUAAGGGACCAGAUAAAGGUGGCCUUCUCGAAGGGAGAGAUCCAGCAGUCCCAGGUGAACCGAGAGCAGUGUGAUCGUUACUACCAGAGCUUGCGACGUCUCGCCUCUAACCACUACGCCCAGCUCUACGCCAGGGCAUCCACCGCCACCGCCAGUGGCCUCUCCCCCGAGCAUUGCAAUCUGGCGCUCACCCCGGAGCUCCAGGAGUACUUCCUAGAGGAAGAUAAGUCUCGUUUCGAGAAGAUAUUCGCAAAAUUCAGGAAAGAUGACAAUAAAUCGUCUACAUCCUCUUAAAUCCUGCUUUCGGCCCCUCCAGCUCCUCUCCAAGACCUCCAGACCUUUCCAAAGCCCUAUAAAAUGUUCAGAAAGGGUCCAGUACUCCACCCAACCCCAACCCGACCCCCAGAAGAGGCUCCACAUCCCAGUGAUGGCGAAGGAAGUCGUUCAGUACCUGAAACCGUCCUCUGGGGACACUUUCAUAGACAUGACCUUCGGCGCUGGUGGUCACACCUCCACGAUCCUGUCGUCCUCACCAGAUAUCCGGAUAUUCGCCUUGGAUAGGGAUCCAGUGGCUCACCAACUUGCUCAUGAGAUGGCUCAACAGUUCCCAGAACAGGUGAUUCCUCUCCUUGGGAAGUUCUCAGAGCUUCCAGAGUUGUUGGCGACUCACAAGGUUCGUCCCAACUCCAUUGAUGGGAUCUUGUUCGACUUUGGGUGCUCGUCGAUGCAGUUCGACGUGGCAGAACGAGGAUUCUCAUUGUCUAAGGAUGGACCUCUCGACAUGAGAAUGGAUGGACAGCGUUUUCCAGAUGAACCAACAGCAGCGGACGUUCUCGAGCGAGCAUCAGAGGACGAGAUAGCGAAGAUAAUAAAGUUCUAUGGCGAGGAGAAGGCAGCAAAGAAGAUCGCAAGAGCAAUCGUCGAUGCCAGAUUCAGUUUUAAAAAGCUGGAGACGACUUGGGAGCUAGCUAGACUCGUGGAGUCAGUCCUGGGGGGAGGGUUGAGGACCGAUCAGCUGGGGAGAUUCGCUCAUGGAGCCACGAAGACCUUCCAGGCCCUCAGAAUCUUCGUUAACAACGAGAUGAAUGAGAUAAACUACGCGAUGUUCAUAGCUGAAAAGUAUCUGAAGAUCAAUGGUCGAAUGAUAACAAUUUGCUUUCACUCUCUCGAAGAUACAAUUGUGAAGAGACAUCUGGCUGGUAAUGUCAGUAAUGAUGUGGCUAACACAUCACCCCUGAGGUAUUACAACUAUGGAAAGGUCUUUGGUGAUGGAGAGAUCAAUCAAAUCACUGAAGUCCCUUGGAAGAUGCUGCACAAACACGUCAUCCUGCCCAGUGAUCAGGAGAUCGAAGAUAAUCCCAGGUCGAGGUCAGCUAAAUUUCGAGCUAUUGCUAAGAUUAGAUGAGUGAAUUGUCAUGUGUAAAUACAAUUAAUUAGUUUUUAUUAGUGCAUUGAUUAAUAAAAAUUAAGAUAACUAUUUCAA